AUGCACGCUGUUCCAACAUCUUCAAAUAGGAUAUUAUACGACGUACCGUGCGUGGUAUGCAAGGACCACUCGUCGGGGAAACAUUACGGAGUGUUCGCUUGUGACGGAUGUGCCGGGUUCUUCAAGCGUUCAGUGAGAAGAGACCGCCAGUACGCGUGCAAAGCGCGGACGCCUGGCGCCUGUCUCGUAGACAAGGCCCAUAGAAAUCAAUGUCGCGCUUGCCGCCUUACUAAGUGCAUUAACGCCGGAAUGAACAAAGACGCCGUGCAACAUGAACGAGGACCCCGAAAUUCCACAAUACGACGACAAAUGGCCCUUUAUUUCCGGGAACCCACUCCCGAUGUGGGACUGUCAACGCCGCCCUUGGAUUUGGUGUUAUCGAAGCACCAGAUAACCCCAGACGUGAUGCUGCCGCGCCCUCCUCUACCAUUAAGGCCUGUACCAGCUAUGCCACUGUACAACCCAUACGGCGCCAUUUACAGCGGAGUAUCAUCAUGGAUUCCAACACCGAGACUUCCCUUGCCUCUGUUACCUUCGCAACCUCUUAUACCUUUGCCCAUAACCCCGUUAGAGGCUCUUAGCGAUGCUGCUGCGAAAAUUGUCUUCUUAAACAUUAACUGGACCAGAUACGUACCCGGCUUUGAAGGCAUGCCGCUUUGCGAUAAGACUAUCCUGAUAGAAGAAUCGUGGAAGGAACUCUUUGUUCUCGGUCUGGUUCAGUUGAUGCAGCCCGUGGAUUUGAGAACUAUAGUACACCUUCACCAGCCAAAUGUCAGUUUGCAAUCUGUGGAGGAGCUUCAAAUGAUUCUUAACGAUUUAUACAAAAUCAUACCUGAUAACAAUGAAUAUUCUUGCUGGCGGGCGUGUGCGCUGUUUAAUGUGAAUCACCUAAUUGCGCGGCCUACCAGGCAUUUUGAAGAUUUGCGAUUUAUCACAUCACUCUACAGUUUCUAUCUGUUAUCCUUGCAACAGUACCACUUACGGAUAAGUCCAUUGGACAUUGGCCGUUCGACGUUUUUCAAUGACAUCUUGGACAGGAUCAAGAGGCUGGAAGCAGGUGUGAUCGAGGAGAUAUUCCUGCGACCAACUGUUGGAAACGUUUGUGUUGAAAAAUUGAUCUCCGAUAUGUAUACUACUAGAAAGGAGCUCCGCAUUUUCUAG